CCCGCGGCCCUAGUGCGCUCCGGGCCCGCGCGCCAUCUUGGCUCCGGAUCGUGCGUGAGGCGGCUUCGUGGGCAGCGAGAGUCACAGACAAGACAGCAAGCAGGAUGGAGCACUACCGGAAAGCUGGCUCUGUAGAGCUCCCAGCGCCUUCCCCAAUGCCCCAGCUACCUCCUGAUACCCUUGAGAUGCGGGUCCGAGAUGGCAGCAAAAUUCGCAACCUGCUGGGGUUGGCUCUCGGUCGGUUGGAGGGCGGCAGUGCACGGCAUGUAGUGUUCUCAGGUUCUGGGAGGGCUGCAGGAAAGGCUGUCAGCUGCGCUGAGAUUGUCAAGCGGCGGGUCCCAGGCCUGCACCAGCUCACCAAGCUACGUUUCCUUCAGACUGAGGACAGCUGGGUCCCAGCCUUACCUGACACAGGGCUAGACCCCCUCACAGUGCGCCGCCAUGUGCCUGCAGUGUGGGUGCUGCUCAGCCGGGACCCCCUAGACCCCAAUGAGUGUGGUUACCAACCCCCAGGAGCACCCCCUGGCCUGGGUUCCAUGCCCAGCUCCAGCUGUGGCCCUCGUUCCCGAAGAAGGGCUCGAGACACCCGAUCGUGAAGACCUGCUGAACCUGCCUGUUCGCCGGGCCUGAAUGUCUGGGGUGCUUGUGCCUUUUCUGAGAAGCCCUGUGACUGCUCAACAUCCCCAUCAAGGUUUGAGUCCACAAAAGUGGACCUCCCUAUCAUGCUUCCCCUUCCCUCUAGCAUGUGGGAAGGGACUGCUGUGAAGAAUGACAGAUGUGGGGCCUCUGCCAAGUUCCGCAUUGCUAAAUAAGGGCUUACUCUGCCUUCUACCUACAAUGCAUCUGAACUGCCUUCUGAAAGAGGUCCAGGGAGGGAUUUAGGAAAUAAAGUUUCUACCUAUUUGA